AUACGAUCUGGAGACACAUUUGUCAUAACGGAGGGAAGACUUCCACCCAAGGGAUUUCUAAAGUUACCCAUUUGGUUGUACUGUCCAAAAACAGAACAGAGUUCUGUCAAUCAUGUCUUCAGUUGCCUGGCAACCCUGCAACUAUCUCAGCCAGGGGAUGCUUCUUCCCAUGAACAGCCAGACUCUGAUUAUUCCUUUGUGGGGUCAUAUAGAGAUAUCCAAAGAGGCUUCUCUUCAAGAGCUCAAACUUCAGAUUAUGACACUACCACUUUUUGAUGCCAUUGGCAUUCCUUCUCCUGAUUUCCUCCGUAUCUGGACUUUAGAAAACAAACGGUUGGCAAAAAUAUUGCGCUUCAAUCAACUGCAGAUCAGUGACCACAAACUGGGAAUCAGAACAACACUGUGUGUGGAGCCUCUGCAGGCAGAGGAGUGUCUCGGCCCCCAGGAUCUGCUCCUUAGAGUCCAGCUUUCUGUGCCAGGAGAAUAUCGCUAUUUUCCCCCAUUGGACAUUGCAUGGAAUAUCUCUCGUGGAUGUACAGCCUCAGCUCUUCGUCAGAGAAUUGCCACCCACUGUGCGCUACCAGCAGACAAAGUGGAGAUUGCAAAAUACAUUCCAGAGAAACACGAAUGGCUUCCAAUUUCAAGCUGGACUCAACAUGUUUCCAAAAAGAAGAAGAAAAAGAAAGCUGAGAGCCUACAGGGGGCACCAUAUUAUUUGAAGGAUGGGGAUAUAAUUGGUGUAAAGAACCUUCUACUGGAUGACAAGAUAGACUUCAGCUCAGAGAAUGAGUAUAUAGCAAAGGAAAAGCAAAGACAACGUGCAGAAAGCAAGAAAAAUAUUCCACCAUCUAAUUGCAAUCAAAAGGCUCAGCCAAGUGGACGGAAGCCAGAAAGUUCUCUAUCCAUCCGUGUGGGAGUGUUCAGAUAG